UGGGGGUCAAGCAGUCGAGAGCUUUGCUGACCGUUCUCCAAUCUACGCUUUCGCUGCCCAAUAGACCCUCAUUGCAGGCGACUACUUCUCUGAUGCGGGUACCGCCUCCGACUUCUUUCGCCGAAUGAUCGAAGAGUCCACCUGUGCUAAGGAUGCUGGAGCCGCUUUGAUCGAGUGCUUCAAGACAUCCACGACCGUCGCGACCGCCUCCCUCGACGCACUCUCCCUCGUCGUAUUGGCCCUGCUCGAACAGCCAGCGGCACUGCAUAUAAUCCUCCUCUUCACGAGCGCGAAUGAACUUGGAGCUCCCCUCAGAUGCGUCCUUACCGACGAAGAGGUGAUCGACAAUCUGUGCGGCCCUGGAGUCGGGGGUGAUGACGAGUCAGGCAUGCUGAGCAGGGUGGUCUUGUUCAUCCAGUGGCUGGCCCAGCUCUCUUUUCAGAGCGAAGAGCAGGGCCAUGGCCUCGAUUCAGACAGCAAGGAGUUCAAUUCCUCCGUCUCCCCCUCCGCCUCUCGUGCCUAUGCGCUGCGAGAUCUCACCGAGGAUGAAUCCCCCCUUGUCUCCCGCUGGAUCUCCGAGCUGUUCGACUCGGACGGAAUCGGUGACGAGAUCAUCCGGGACUCUCCCCCGCGCAUCCUGAUCAAGCUUGCACCCACUCUCCUCCACCAGUCGAUCCUCGCAGCAGAGCAAGGCGUCAUUGAUGUCGAGAUGCUCAAGGGGGGCUGUAGCUUCUUCUUGCAGGACCUGCUGAGCUAUACUCUCCCCAGUGGGCUGGUCUGGCUGAUGCGCGACCUGGAGAGGAUUGGAGGUGUCCAUCAAAGCAGGAGGGGAGCGCAGGGCACUGCCUUGGGAACAGGGACACCCAGUCGCUCAAGUCUCCUGGUGACACUGCUGAGCAUGUUCCUCCUAGAUGAAGGCUGCCCGCCAGUGGUGCUGGAGCUGGUGAGACCACAUUUUGAGAGAUUGCAAAGCUACGAAGGAUCUGGACAGGCUCUGAUGGACACUUCGACGUUAGAGGCGCUGCGAUCGAGAUUUGAGCGGGAGGAGACGAAGGGACUUCGUGAGUAACCCAAGCCAGACGAGAUCGCGCCAGUCUGGCGAGGGUCAAGAGCAGAAGCUGAACUCUGCUGUUUCUUCCCGAUCAGGUGUUCCCGCGCUGACUGCCCUCAACUUGGCAACACCCGAAGAAGUUCCUUCUCUUGCUCCUGCAUUCGAUCGCGAGCUAGAAUCUCUUGAGGUCGAAUUCCCUCAAAGCAGCAGUGCCCUCCGUGCUGGUCUUCAGCCUGUUCUAGCCAAAAUUUGCCAACGUCUAUCACAAAGCACAAUCGUCACUCCCAAAGGAACGGAGGGCACGUCCUACCUAGCGAGCACUGCCGCCGCACUGUUA